CCUACACAGCAGCACAGACUCAGGCCUAGAGCUGAUCAUGGCACUGAAUCAACUUCAAAGUGGGCUGAAUGCUGUGGUCAUUGGGUUCCUGUUUCUCCUUCUCCACGUGCAGGGUCAGGACUCAUCAGAGACACGCCCCAUCAGGAACACACACACAGGCCAGGUCCGAGGCAGCCUCAUCCAAGUGAGUGACACCAAAGUUGGUGUCCACAGAUUCCUGGGAAUUCCCUUUGCCAAGCCACCUGUAGGAUCACUGCGCUUUGCACCCCCUGAAGCCCCUGAACCAUGGAGUGGUGUGAGAGAUGGGACCUCAUAUCCAGCCAUUUGUCUGCAAAAUGUUGAUAUGAUGAAUUCAGAGACCCUAAAGAAUCUAAAAAUGACCCCGCCUCCCAUCCCCAUGUCUGAGGACUGCCUGCAUCUCAAUAUCUAUGCACCAGUUCAUGCCCAAGAGGGCUCUAACCUCCCUGUGAUGGUGUGGAUCCAUGGUGGUGCUCUGGUUGUAGGUAUGGCUUCCAUGUAUGAUGGAUCCAUGCUGGCAGCCAUUGAAGAUGUGGUGGUGGUCACUAUCCAGUACCGCCUCGGUGUCCUGGGCUUCUUCAGCACUGGAGACCAGCAUGCCAGAGGGAACUGGGGCUUCUUAGACCAAGUGGCUGCCCUACGCUGGGUCCAGCAGAAUAUCGCCCACUUUGGAGGCAACUCUGACCAGGUUACCAUUUUUGGAGAGUCAGCAGGUGGCACAAGUGUGUCUUCACAUGUUGUGUCCCCCAUGUCCAAAGGACUCUUCCAUGGUGCCAUCAUGGAGAGUGGAGUAGCUGUGUUGCCUGGCCUCAUCUCUAGCUCCUCUGAGAUGGUUUACCAAACGGUGGCCAACCUGUCUGGAUGUGAGACCAUGGACUCAGAGGCCCUGGUGCACUGUCUGAGAGCCAAGAAUGAAGCAGAGAUUCUGGUCAUUAACAAGGUCUUCCAGGUCAUCCCUGCUGUGGUGGAUGGGGAGUUUCUACCCAGGCAUCCACAAGAGUUGUUGGCAUCUGUGGAUUUUCACCCUGUCCCCAGCAUCAUAGGUGUCAACAAUGAUGAGUAUGGCUGGAUCAUCCCCACGGUUGUAAACAGUGCUCAGACAAUAAAGGAAAUAACCAGAGAGAACCUGAAGGCUGUUCUGAAGAAUACAACAGCACAAAUGAUGCUGCCUCCUGAAUGUAGUGACCUGCUAAUGGAAGAGUACAUGGGGGACAUUGAGGAUCCCCAAGCCCUCCAAUCACAGUUCACAGAGAUGAUGGGAGACUUCAUGUUUGUGAUCCCUGCACUCCAAGUAGCACAUUCUCAGCGUUUCCUUGCCCCUGUAUACUUCUAUGAGUUCCAACAUCAACCCACCUUUGUCAAGCAAUUCAGGCCAUCGCACGUUGAGGCUGACCAUGGUGAUGAGGUUCCUUUUGUCUUCGGGUCCUUGUUCUGGGGUGUGAAAUUUGAGCUCACUGAGGAGGAGAAGCUACUGAACAAGAGGAUGAUGAAGUAUUGGGCCAAUUUUGCAAGACACCUCUCUCCCAACAGCGAGGGUCUACCCUACUGGCCAACAUUGGACCAUGAUGAGCAGUACCUGCAGCUGAACAUCCAGCCUGCUGUGGGCCGAGCCCUGAAGACCAGAAAGCUGCAGUUCUGGACCAAGACUCUGCCCCAGAAGAUACAAGAGCUAAAGAGGUCACAGAACAUGCACAAAGAACUAUAGUGCCCUAUGUGAGGAAUGGUGUGUGGGCUUGGCUGCUGAUGGGGUUAGCCUGAGGUUCCAAAAAUAUACUGAGGAACCUGGAUUGAUUUUAGCAUUCACAUAACCUCUG